GUCAGUGUCAAGUGAAAUAUACCGGGCAGGAGACAAGAUUGACUUUCAGACAAUUAAAAUAAGACAAACUUUGAAACAAUAAGUUCAGAGGUUUAAAGUUGUCCUGUUAAAACCGAUAAAUAUGAAGGUUUUCGGUGUAAAAAUUAUAUCACUAUUGUUACAGUUGCUUUUCAUUGAUAAAAUUAUUUGUAAAAAAAUAUCUUUUCCUGAUAUUGAUUUACAUUCUGUUGGUAGAGUCGAUGAUUGCCAAAAAUGUAGGAUAUUAACAGAUUCCUUCAGCCAAUGGCUUACAAAAACAUCUCGGGGGAAAUACGAAGGAGGGGACGCUGCCUGGGAAGAAGCCAAGCUAAAGUCGUACGCGCGGAGUGAGAUGAGACUUGUGGAAAUACAGGAAGGUCUUUGCUCCGAAGUAAAAAAACAUCAAGAUCAGUGCUACGCUCUGGCAGAGGAAGCUGAGCAACCUUUAGAAAAGUGGUGGUUCCAUGAGGACCCAGAGUCUGUUGAUCUAUACACAUGGUUGUGCAUUGAAACUCUUCAACACUGCUGCCCCGAAAAUCAUUUUGGCGAAUCAUGCACUCCAUGUCCAUUACACAAGAAUAAAAUAUGUGGUGGUCGAGGAAAAUGCGUGGGGGAAGGCACACGUAAAGGCAAUGGCACAUGUAUUUGUGACAAAGAAUUUGCAGGUACUUUUUGUGAUGAUUGUGCUAACAAUUACUACAAAGCAAGCGAGGAUUCCUGUCAACAGUGUCAUAGUGCUUGUGCGGGUUGCUCAGGGGAUGGACCGGCAGCUUGCACUGCAUGCAAGAAAGGCUGGGAGAUGCAAUCAGGAACGUGUGUAGAUGUGAAUGAGUGCUUGACCUCAAGCAAUUGUAAGGCUAACCAAUACUGUGUGAACCGAGAAGGAUCCUACAGUUGUAAAAAGUGCCAUAACUCAUGCAAGACAUGUGCAGAUGCUGGCCCCUCUCAAUGCACUUCCUGUGAAUCAAGUAGUGUCUUAUGGGAUGGCAUGUGUGUUGAUGAUCAACAAAGAAGUGAUCUUUUACAAAAUGCUCUUAAAAGGUUAGCCCUGUACUGUGGGCUUCUUAUUAUAACAUAUUUUACAUAUAGAAAAUCAAGGAAGCUAGCAUCUCUGGUUGUGAUAAUUAUUGCAAUCUACAUUUAUUAUUCUGAAGGCAUUUCAAGAAUAACUUUAAUAGAUUUAUUUUUUAGACUAUAUUUAACCAAUUCACAAAGUGUUUAGUAAAUGUGGCUGUGUUUAAUUUUAAGUAGAAUCAAUCAUUUUUUAAUAAAUCAAUUGAUGUAAAGA